GACUGACUUGACUUUUACUGACCCGACCAAUUCCAAUUCCAAUUCCAAUUCAUUGAUUUGUCAAAGCUUCACCGUUUUCUUCUUCUUCUUCUUCUUCUUCUUCUUCUUCACACGCUUUUUUUUUAAAAAAAAUAAUAAUAAUAAUCUAUCCUCCUCCUCCUCCUUCCAUGGAUAUGUGGAUCGAUAUCAACAAGAAGAAGAAGAACCACCACCUCUGAGAUCUGAGCUCAGAAGAAGGUUUCUGCUUCUUCUAUUUUCUAAUCUUAAAUCUAAAUAAAAACCAUGGCCGCUGCGAUGAUCCCCCAAAGCCAAAUGGGCAUCCUCCCCCCCCUCUUCUCCUUCUCCUUCUCCUUCUCCUUCUCCUUCUCCUUCUUGUUGCUCAUCCAACAACAACUCUCUUCAAUUUCAUCAUCAGCAGCUGAAAUCCCUCUCGACUCCACUCUCUAUGCUUCCUCCCCAAACCAAACCUGGUCUUCCCCCAACAACACCUUCUCCCUCGGCUUCCUCCCUGCUCCUUCCUCCUCCUCCUCCUCCUCCUCCUCCUUCGUAGCCGCCAUCACCUACUCCGGCGGCUCCGUCCUCGUCUGGUCAACCCCCUUCUCCGUUGACCUCUCCGGUUCCCUCCGUCUCCUCCCCACCGGCAACCUCGUCCUUUCCCACGGCAACGGCUCCACCGUCUGGUCCUCCAACACUUCCUCCAAGGGCGUCUCCUCCGCCUCCCUCGAAGACUCCGGCAACCUCGUCCUCCGGAACGCCACCGGCACCGCUCUCUGGUCCUCCUUCGACCACCCCACCGACACCAUUCUCCCCUCCCAGAACUUCACCCCCGGUUUGUUCCUCACUAGCGGCUCUUACUCCUUCGCUCUCCAGCGUUCUGGCAACUUGACUCUCACCUGGGUCGCCAACGGCAGCAGCAGCGUCGUGUACUGGACUCAGGGUUUGAAUUCUUCGGUCGAGGCGAAUCUCACCUCCCCGACCCUCAACAUUCGGCAGACUGGGAUUCUAUCCAUAUCCGACCCCUCCUUGAGCAGCGAUGCUAUUCUGUUUUACAGCAGUGACUACGCGGAGGGGAGUGAUAUCCUUAGGUUCUUGAGGUUGGACCCUGAUGGGAACCUCAGGAUAUAUAGCUCGGCCCUGGGUAGUGGUACCACCAACAUGAGGUGGGCUGCUGUUCUUGAUCAGUGCAGGGUCUUCGGCUACUGCGGCAAUCUUGGUAUCUGCAGUUACAAUGACUCCAACCCUAUCUGCGGCUGCCCCAGCCAGAACUUCGAGUUGAUCGACCCGACUGACAGCAGAAAGGGAUGCAAGAGGACCGUGGAGAUCCAGGACUGCCCUGGGAGUACUACCAUGCUGGAGUUGGACCAUGCCUUGUUCCUUACAUACCCCCCCGAGCUCUCGUCCGAGGUUUUCUCCAUCGGUAUCUCGGCAUGCCGCUUGAAUUGUCUCGUGAGCAGCUCUUGCAUUGCUUCGACUUCUCUGUCCGACGGGUCGGGCAUGUGCUACUUGAAGACCCCUGAAUUUGUUAGUGGGUAUCAGAAUCCCGCUCUACCUAGCACGUCCUAUGUCAAAGUUUGCGGGCCCGUGGUCCCAAACCCAUCAUCCCCGGAGGGUGCUCAGGGCAAGGGUAGAAGAUUACAUGCUUGGCUGGUCGCCGUGGUUGUCUUGGCUACGCUUCUCGGUCUCAUCCUUGUGGAGGGCAGCCUCUGGUAUUGGUGCUUUAGAAAUAGUCCGAGGUUUGGAGGGUUCUCCUCCCAGUACGCCCUUCUCGAGUAUGCCUCUGGGGCCCCAGUCCAGUUCACUUACAAGGAGCUCCAGCGGUCGACAAAGGGCUUCAAGGAGAAGCUUGGAGCCGGAGGCUUUGGGGCAGUUUACAGAGGGGUUCUCGCCAAUAGGACGAUCAUUGCAGUGAAACAGUUGGAGGGGAUCGAGCAGGGGGAGAGGCAGUUUAGAAUGGAGGUCGCGACCAUAAGCAGUACCCACCAUUUGAACCUCGUGAGACUUAUUGGAUUUUGCUCUGAAGGAAGGCACCGCCUUUUGGUCUAUGAAUUCAUGAAGAAUGGUUCGCUAGAUAACUUCCUCUUCACCGGCGAAGACGUCUCAGGGAAGUUCUUGAAUUGGGAGAAACGGUUCAGUAUCGCCCUCGGGACUGCUAGAGGGAUCACGUACCUUCACGAGGAGUGCAGAGAUUGCAUAGUCCACUGUGACAUAAAGCCGGAAAACAUCCUCUUGGACGAUAAUUUCAAUGCCAAAGUGUCGGACUUUGGACUUGCAAAGCUCAUCAACCCAAAGGACCACAGAUACCGGACGUUAAAGAGUGUCAGGGGGACCAGAGGAUAUUUGGCACCCGAGUGGCUUGCAAAUCUCCUGAUAACUUCGAAAUCGGACAUUUACAGCUACGGGAUGGUUCUGCUGGAGAUAGUCAGUGGUAGGAGGAACUUUGACGUUUCGCCCGAGACCAACCAGAAGAAAUUCUCAGUGUGGGCCUACGAAGAGUUUGAGAAGGGCAAUAUAGAAGCUAUAAUGGACAAGAGGCUGAGAGAGCAGCCCGACGUGGACAUGGCACAGGUGCUGAGAGCAGUGCAGGUGAGUUUCUGGUGCAUACAGGAGCAGCCCUCUCACAGGCCGACAAUGGGGAAGGUCGUACAGAUGCUUGAAGGGAUUGCUGAGAUCGAGAAGCCGCCGGCACCAAAGGCGGCCGUUGAAGGGUCUGUUAGUGGGACCAGCAUCAAUAUCAGCAGCAACAUUAGCGGACUGUCCACGUUCGCAGCAUCUGCUCCUGGUCCCUCUUCGUCGUCUUCGCUCCAGACUGCCGGCGUCUCUCCUCUGGCUUCUUCAGGUAGGAUGAUAAGGAAUCCUGAGAAGACUUCUUCCUCACUUCUCGGUUCAGAUUUGAAAUGAGGCAAUUCAAUUAUACAAUCCAAGAUAUUCGAUAGUAAUAGACGAUACUGUUGACUAGUUCGAGCUCCUAGUUGGGUGUCUUGUCAUGUAUGGAAUAUUUCUGUAUGUAGAGUAUCCGCUACUUCACUCGUCUGCCUGAGAUGGAUAUUGUAAUCGGAUGAAUAGAUAAACAUUAUCAGUUGUAUGGAGAUUCCUUAUCCUUUUCCUUGCCA